UAGCAGUGAGACAUAGCCACCUCUAUUUCUCUACUCUCUUCUCUUCAUUUCUCUCUCUCAUAGCCUCGAUUUUUGCCUCUCGCCCCCUCGGUUCCUUCUUCUCUCGGGGUUUCUAUUGUGCAACAAAUGUCUUUUGAUCUGAUCAGCAAGAAACACCCGCGGUUUCUUCUGCGCGCUUUUGGUUUCACGAGCCGAGGUAGGCUGUGUUGUUGGCGUAGAUUCUUGUUUCGGCACUGGACCUGACAGCAAUUCAUAAGCUCUCCGUUUAUCAUUUCUGCCCUUUUUAGUUUAUAGAGAUAGUUAAUAUUUGCUCUGAAAAAUCAUUUAUUCCCGGAAAAAAAAGGAAAAACAAUAUUGUUGGCUGAAGGAUUUGGCUAUUUGGUGGCUAAUUUUUAAGCGACUGUGCAUUUGGAUUGGGGUAUAUUCAGAUUUGGGCAUAACUUGGUAGCUGGAUAUUGGGUAUAAUGGGAAAAACAUCGCUCCCUCCUGGGUUUCGGUUUCAUCCAAUGGAUGACGAAUUGGUUAUGUAUUAUCUCAAGAAGAAGGUAAUGGGGAAAAAGAUGCCUUUUGAAGUCAUUUCAGAGCUGGACAUAUACAAGUUUGUUCCACAGGAUCUGCCAGAUAAAUCUUGCUUGAAAAGUAGGGAUCGAGAAUGGUACUUCUUUUGCCCCAGAGCGAGGAAAUAUGCUAGUGGAGGUAGAAUGAAUCGAACAACAGAAUCUGGAUAUUGGAAGACCACUGGAAAGGAUAGACAAGUUGUUUAUGAGAAUCGAACUGUGGGACAGAUAAGAACUUUGAUUUUUCAUCAAGGUCGGGCACCAAAAGGGGACAGAACAGAUUGGGUGAUGCAUGAGUAUAGACUCGAAGAUAAAGUUCUCGUUGACAGAGGAAUUGUUCAGGAUGCGUUUGUGCUGUGUAAGAUUUUCCAGAAGAGUGGUCCAGGACCAAAAAAUGGUGCCCAAUAUGGUGCACCAUUUAAUGAAGAAGAGUGGAACAGUGAGGAUGAAGCUGAUCAUAUAGAAUCUUUACCUUUUUCUUCCAUAGAUGUGCCUGCAAUGGUGCUUAAUGACAACCAAAGCAAUUCCAUUUUAAGAGACACAGUUGGCCCUGAGGAUACGCCUAGUGGGUUUCCAUCUAACUCAGGUCCAUCUCAAAGUCUUCCAUCUGCUGACAUGGUGCUUCCAUCAGUUCCAGAUGGUGAUAAUUGUGAGCUUCCAGAUGAUAAUGAGCUUAUGUCAAUGCUUGACAUGUUUGAAGAUUUCAAUGAGAAUGAUGAAAAUGAGGUGGAUAAACCCAGCCAUGCUCAAAAUGUGGAUGAUGCAUUCCCUAUGGAAGGAAAUGAUAUUUUUAAGGACUUAGGGGACCUGGGCAAGCUGGCAGAGAUGAAUGAAGAUGGAUUUAAUUUCUCUAGUAGUCACAAAGGCAACCAUUCUCUGGAUCAGUGGCCCCCUACGGAUUCUUUUCUGGAGUUACGUGAUCUUGAUCAUCCAUUGAAAAUCAUUGUUGAAGGUAGUGGAUCUGGUUUUGUCCCGCCUGGUGGUGUUUGCAUGGAUUGCGACUGUUGCAAUAACUCUGAACACUUUGAUUAUCCAUUUAAUGAUUUUGGUGUGAGGCAUCAUGCUUCUGCAUCAAUUCCUAAUCCUCCUGUGCUGGCGGAUAGGUCUUAUGGGUUUGAGAAUCAAAUGGAUGUGUUUUCAAAGAAAUGUGUUGGAGAAAAUGCAAAGCAGGGAUAUGGGGGAUAUGAAUCUGCAUCAUACAGCACUGAACAAUCUGAACCAGACAGUGGACAUGUGGCUCAAACCCACAAAAGAGGAGAACAGCAAACAAAAUAUUAUUCAAGGUUCCAACAAUUGUUGGAGUCCAUCCCCAGUCGACCUGCUUCAGCAGCAGAGCAUCCUGGUUCUAGCAACGGACUGAGAAAGAAUACAAGAACUGUCUUGUGUGCUAGUGUUGGGGUUGGUGGGUGCACCGAGGAGGCACUGUCAGACAAGUUGGAGUUGUCAUGCCUGGGUUAUUGUGGGUGCAACCUGCAUAGGAGGAGGGAGUUUAGGAAGGAAGCAGCUCUCUGGGACGGCAAUUUCAUGUUUGCCCUAUUCUUGGGGAUGCUCUCAGCUUUAAUGUGUGUGUUCAUAGCUGCAAUCCUCAUGAAACUUGGUAGGUUUGCAUGGGACCUCCUCCUUGCUUAGCUUAUUUAUUUUCCAUUUUUGUUUUUCUUUCUUUUGUUGCCUGAGCUCAGUGCCAUGGUUGUGGUGGGAAGGCCUUCAAUUAUAUGGGGGUUGUGUAAAUAAGUUGGUUGGGAAUGUUUGGGAUUCUAUAAUGUUAUUUUGGUUGGUUAUUGACAUGAACAAGGACGAAUCCAUUAUGGGGCCAACUUGAUUGUGUGGGUCAAACAGAGGGUGUUAUGUGCCCUCUGUUUUUAAAUUAUAACUUGGCUUAUUUUUUACAUUUAAAAUGAAACGUUUGUUUCCAUAAUCUUCAUGGAA